UGAUCUAGUUGGACAUGGUUUUUCCUAUCGCUCACAACACACUCCUGAUUUACACUUUAGGAAAGCUGUGAAUUAGUUUUUGUUUGAGGUCUUGUUGGUUUGUGAAUUUUGUUGAGAAAUUCAAGGGAUGGCUGCUAUAUCUACUCAUGAACCCAUUGGUGGUUUGUCAGGCGUUCUUAGUGAACCACUGCAUGCACAGGCCCCUCUAUGCGCUGGUCCUCUGCCCUCCAGAAUACUACACCCAGAUGAGCAGCUUCAGCUAAACCAGCAAUUUUAUGUUCCCACUGUUCAGCCUUUCAUGCCCUAUCAGUUUCCUACAUCAUCUCUAUGUGUGCCAUACAGUGGAUUUCAUGGCUUAGGGUAUAGUGUGAUGCCACUACAACUUCCAUCAUGUGUUGAAGUCCCUGGAUUCAUAACACCUCAACUGCAAAUGUUGGACUACAGACGUAUAACCCCUCAUGUGGCUCCAGCUACUGCCCACCGGACCCGCCACUCCAAUUUCCAAAACCCUGUGCCACUUGGUCCUGUGAUGGUCAACUCAGAGGUGCAAACUGAACCUAUUUGUCAUAGCAUAGGCUCACAUGGACCUGCAGCGAGAUCAGACACCUGUUCAGAAUCAGGUCGUGGUACUGGCUGUGAUAGUCCAGUGUCAACAACACCCAGGUCCACUGAGAACAAAUCCAUAGCUUGCCCUGAAGGUGUGUCUGUGCUCACUCAAAAUUGCAACACCAGUGCUACUGAGACCACUGAUUUGUCUACUGUACCCAAAAGUGAAAUCAUCCAAGCUGAACAGGUGCAGAGCAAAUGUGGUGUAUUGCUGUCUAAGCAUGAGAUUAUUCAGAACAAGAACAAUAAGAUGGCAAGUUAUAACAAAAAUGACAUUAUGCAGUGCAGUUUGGGAUCUGUGCAAUCUUCAGAGGAUGUUGUGGUGUGUUCUUACCGGUCAUUAGCAUUCAGGGAGGAUAAACAGAGGGUUGAAGCUGGGAUGUUAAGUUAUUCCAGAAAGCAUCAUCUAACAUCUUGCACAGAACUUAAUGUUUUGAGAACUCCGUCUUGUACCUUAAAAAAAAUUUCUAAACCAAGCAAAUCGGUCAUUGCACAAUGUGUUAAAGUAAAAAACAACUCCGAGACACAAUUUCAGACAAAGGACAAGGAUGAUGGAAAUUCUCCUAAUAAUAAUUUUAAGAUUCUCCGACUGCCAUUUGAUGUGCAGAACCAUAAACUGCCUUGUCAGCUUGAUGCUUCUAUCUGGUCGGUAGAGUCUCUGUUACCAUAUGUGCCAUCCAGUGAGUGGCUGGCAGAAAAUGGUCUUCUAACCCCUCAGAAAACCUUAAGCUCACUGACUAAACCCAGUAAUGUUAUAUCAAAGCCAUACUGUGUUUCUGUGGGGAAAAAUUUACAAAGUGGUCCAUCAGCAAAAUAUUGUGUUUCUCCACAUCAGUUAGAGGCUUCGAUCUGGUCCAUAGAUUCUUUGAUGCCAUAUGUGCCUUCAAAUGAGUGGAUGGUUGAGAAUGGGUUUUCAACGCCUCAAAAAGGUGUGAGCCCACAGAUUAAAUCCAGUGAUGGUCAUUCUUCCACUGAUGGCAUUCCUUUAAGGAAAAAUCUGCAAGCAUGUGGAUCAACUAAAUAUCAUGGUGUUUCCCAUCAGUUAGAGGCUUCGAUCUGGUCUGUAGAUUCUUUGAUCCCAUAUGUGCCUCCCAAUGAGUUGAUGGUUGAUAAUGGGUUUUCAACACCUCAAAAAUCCGUUAGUCCACAGAUUAAAUCCAGUGAUGGUGAUUUUUCCACUGAUGGCAUUCCUUUAAGGAAAAAUCUGCAAACAUGUGGAUCAACUAAAUAUCACCGUGUUUCCCAUCAGUUAGAAGCUUCAAUCUGGUCUGUAGAUUCUUUGAUGCCUUAUGUGCCUUCCAAUGAGUUGAUGGUUGAUAAUGGGUUUUCAACGCCUCAAAAAGGCAUUAGCCCACAGAUAAAAUCCAGUGAUGGUUAUUCUUCCACUGAUGGCAUUCCUUUAAAGAAAAAUCUGCAAACAUGUGGAUCAGCAAAAUAUCAUGGUGUUUCCCAUCAGUUAGAGGCUUCUAUCUGGUCAGUAGAAUCUUUGAAGCCGUAUGUACCUUCUAAUGGAUAUAUGGUUGAUAAUGGGUAUUUAACUUCUCAUCAAGCUCUGAGCCCACCGUUUAAAUCCAGUAAUGUUGUGUCAGAGCCGAAUCAGACUUCCAGUGAUCAUUUUCAAGUAGGGGAGAGGCUACAAACUUGUGCAUCUGCUAAACUUAAGGGGUCCAUUAAGUCACUCGAAAAACGCUCCCCUUACCGUCCCUCAUCGAGCUGGCUGGCUGAUUUUGGUAAUGUAUACUACUACAGUAAGUUACCCCCUGUUCAGCAACAGUCUGAGAUUCUGGAGAGAUGGCAGCCAAAAGUGUCCCUUACCACUCAUCUUGAACCAUCUUUCAUUAAUUUAAAAAAGACCAGAAACCAAACUCCAGCAACUGGUAUCUCAGACCAGAAGCACUGCGUAUCUAAUAAAUGCAAGUGCAAAGUCAAAAGAAGUCCAAGGCUUUCUUGUGUCACACUUGAAAGUAAAUUACCUUUGUGCCAAUCAUGUCGAUAUGACACCAAAGGAAAAGAUUCAAAAAAGCAUUCAGAUUGUCCUGGCUGCAAAAAAGAAGACUAUGUUGAAGUUAAGACUUUUGACAAGAUCUCCAACGAGGGUGUCCUUGAUGCCAAAAACAUGGCAUUGGGAAAUCUUUUGCCAGAAUGCUGUGGUGCCGCUCGGGUGGAAUUAAGACAACAGACUGCACUGACCAGCCCUGCUCAAGAUAAAUGUGGAGACCUUGAAUGGAGACUUUGGGAAAAGAAGAAAGAUUUUAUGAACCAGAAUAAGAGUCAGAUAUGGAGUCUACAGAAAGAAAAUGCAGCAAAAGAAUCAAUGCAGGCGUCUAUUUCUGUAAGAAGGAUUGAGAACAAAGAAAGCAUGCUCACAAGAAAUCGCACUAGAGGGGAACAUGUCACUGGCCGUGAAUAGGCAAUGUGAGCACACCCUGGAUGGUGUUAAGCGACAUUAAAAUCACAAAUCCACCCUUUUAUCAUUUGAAUACUACAGUGCACUUGUAUAUUUAUGCUCUAAAUUAAUAAAGUGUUUACCACCAACAUGCUGCAUAUAG